AUGCUCUUGCCAAACAUCGUGUCGACAACGCGGUUGAUAUUCCAACGCCGGUAUCGCGCCUUUCUCACCCAGGCGAUCGUCGCAAUCAUCAUCGUGGCCUUCGUGCUGAACUCCUACGGCCCAUCAAUACGAGACUUUGGCGCCACACCACAAGAGCAGGACGUGGGGCUUCCGGACAGCUACACCGGGGAGAGUUUGCUCGCGCCCGAGCCAGACCCGGAGCCGUCUUCGGGAGGAGACUUUAACGACGAGCCCGAGUCGAACUUGGAGGAGAGCUUCCUGCAGGGUAUGGGAACAAAACACCCCCGCGGCGGCCAGGCGGAGAAAAAGGCCGGUCGAGAAUUCUCUCGUCAAGAAAUCACUGGCGAACCCACCGACGCCGGCCUCGACACACUAUGCAAUCAGGGGAGCAGACUGUGGAAUCCCAAUGUCAUCGUCGAGUGCCCCCUACUCGAUGGAGGCUUUGGCAAUGGUCGCCUGAACCUCUUGCAGUGUCUUCGUUAUGUCAUUGAGGCCAAAGUGUCCAUCAAGCUGCCACGCAUCGCCCGCCGAAACGCCAACGACGUGACCGACUUCCGGACCAGCGAUCACGUGGACCUCGACUACCUGAUCGAUGACAGGCGUUUCCUGCGGAUUCUGGGGAAGCACUGUCCCAACCUCGUCGUUCACCCUGCGGGCUACGACGACGCGCGGAUCCGCCAUCUGCCCAGCAUAUCCCCCCUCAACGAUCUGCAACUCGAAAGCUUCAGCGAACCGGACAUGCCGCCCGUUUUCGCCGUGCCUACGCAUCCCGAACUAUGGCCGGCGGCCCUGGACAAGUGGCUGGAGUCUGCGACGGAAGGCAAGCCGCCGUCGGCCGAGUCGCCGGUGCUCAUGGGGCUUCACUCCAUCAUGUUCCUCUGGCCGACCUCGCACGACCCGCCCUCGGUGGUGCGCCACUUCAGCGAGCUCGUCCGCCCGCGGGACGAGGUCAGGCUCCUCGCGGCCGCGGCGCUCCAGCGGAUGCAGCAGCAGUUCAACGUGCACAUCAGCUUCCGGACCAGCGACGAGCCCAGGGCCCGCGACAACGCCUUCAUCGGCGUCCACCUGCGCGUCGAGAAGGACUCGAUCGACUACAAGUGGAUCUCGUACGAGGACCAGUUCAACUACCUCGACCAGCGGCUGCGGGAGCGCAAGGGCAACGCCACGCACCCCCCCGACAAGACCCUGCCGGACACGGAGAAGACGGUGCUCUACGUCGCGAGCGGCGACGCGGCCGGCAUCGCCCGCUUCGCCAAGGACGUGGCGCCCAUCACCGUCGUGACCAAGAACGACCUGCUGCCCGAGGGCACCUUCGCCGGCGCCUCGCUGCGCAACAUGACCUGGGACCAGCAGGCGCUCGUGGACAUGCUGAUCCUCGAGCACUCGGGCUACUUCAUCGGCGUCCGCGACUCGACUUUCUCGUGGCACCUGACGCUGCGGCGGGCGGCGGCCGUGAACUGGAUCACCGGCGGGUACCCCACCGACUGCUGGCAGGGCGACGAGGGCACCAAGGAGAGGAAGAGGAUCGGGUGCAAGUCCAUGCUGGCGGAAAACGAGGAGUGGCGCGACAAUCUAAGUACCCUCAUGGGCAACGGUCAUUAUAGGCUAGAGCCGCAGGUUAUGGCGACGUGUUGGCCCUGA